CGUGGAAACCACACACGGGCAGCCGGGCGACAGUCGAGCCUCCAUCCGCCUGCACGUCCAUCCACUGAUCCCCAAAAACAUGGACGCCCUCAACUGAGUGGGAGGCGAGGGGACAAGCGGAAUCGUCGGAAGCCUCGAGAAGCAAGCAGCAGCGAAAAGCCAGGCGGCCAGCAUGCCGCUGGUGAAGAGAAGCAUCGAGCCCAGGCACCUGUGCCGAGGGGCGUUGCCGCACGGCGUGACCAGCGAGCUGGAAUGCGUCACCAACAGCACGCUCGCCGCCAUCAUCAAACAGUUGGGAGGCCUCAGUCGUCACGCUGAGGACAUUUUUGGGGAACUGUUCAAUGAAGCAAACAGUUUCUACCUGAGGAUGAGCAGCCUGCAGGAGCGUGUCGACCAACUCGCCGUCAAAGUCACUCAGUUGGACUCCACGGUGGAGGAAGUAUCCCUACAGGACAUCAACAUGAGAAAGGCCUUCAAGAGCAGUACUAUCCAGGACCAACAGGUGGUGUCCCGGACGUCGGUGCCCAACCCGGUGGUGGAGAUGUACCGGCGCUGCGACAAACCUCCUCCGCUCAACAUCCUCAGCCCCUACAGGGAUGACAAGAAGGACGCGCUGAAGUUCUACACAGACUCGUCUUACUUCUUCAAUUUGUGGAAGGAGAAGAUGCUGCAGGCCACCGAGGACAAGCGCAAGGAGAAGAGGCGGCAGAAGGGCUGUCCGGCCCAUCCAGACAGGUCCCACUCCAGACAGGCCCCACUCAGGAGCCCCCUGUCUAUCUGUCAGGAGCAGCAGAGGCAGGUGGACGACCCGGGGAGAGAAGUAAAGAAGGUGCGCAAGGCUCGUAACCGGCGUCAGGAGUGGAAUGUUCUAGCCUACGACAAGGAGUUCCGACCCGAUGCCAGGCUCACACCGUCGCCUUACCACGGCACCUCCCCUGAGGGCUCCUUGUCACCCGACAGCAGAUCGGCGGCAUCCGAUUCGUACCCCGCCAGUCCCAGCCACCCCUCCAGCCAGGUGGCCGCCUCAGACCGCCACGCCAGGGACCACACGGGGGCGGCCGCGCAGACCCAGUCGCUGGAUCGGGGGCUCAGGCCGGCCAACCAACCCGCAGCAGGAGCGGGGCCCGCCGGGCGCCAUGCCGCCUCCCUGGGCCGGACCCCGUCGGGUCAGGCCACGCAGGCCGCCGGCGAUCUGACCGUCAAUGGGCCGAGGCAGCCGUCGAUCAAGGAUUACCGCGGUGGCAACCAGCCCUCCACAAUUCCAGAAUACUAUAUCCCGCCCGCACCACCCCCACCUCCCCCAACCAUCCCCUCUGCCCAGACCGCCUUCGACCACACACCGGGCCCGCCCUCCGGAGCGGCCUCAGCCGUUCUCCCCGCCUCCUCCGCCCUCUCCCGUCCCUACUCGCCCUCCCCUCCUCCGCCCCCCGUCAACUAUGUCCCCUCUCCCGCCCACCCCCCUUCCGGGGCGCCGCCGGCCGCCCCGCCGCCACCUCCGCCCGGAGUUUCCGUGGGCCACCAGGCGCACGCCUCGCCCACGCGCGCCGCCGCAGGUCAGGGGACCACGGACGCCGCGCCCCCUGCCAGGAAGGGCGCCGUGCUGGGCAUGAUCCCCAUGAGCGACGCCCGCUCCGAUUUGCUCGCUGCCAUACGCAGAGGUAUCCAGCUGAGGAAGGUCCAGGAGCAGAGGGAGCAGGAGGCCAAGCGCGAGCCGGUCGGCAACGACGUGGCCACUAUCCUGUCUCGGCGCAUCGCCGUGGAGUACAGCGAGUCGGACGACGACUCCGAGCUGGAUGAGAAUGAGUGGUCCGACUAAAAAUCUCCGGUGAGCUCACGCACACUUUUCCGACACAUUUUCACGUCAUUGUAAAGUGACCAUAACGUAUCUGCUAAUAUUGAACUGAUCUUCAGAUCCAAAAAAAAUAAAUAAAAAAUAUGUCAACAAAAGGAACCGUUACCCCAUAUGAGCACUUUUCCUCCACUCACACGUAACUAACCGUCGUCAGUCACACAAAGCUAGUCAGGUGUGUCCACAGACGCGACGUUUGUUGACGUAGCAAAGCGGCCAGUUAAGCGCCAGCAAUUAGCCGACCCCGUUUGCUGCCUCGCCGUUAUUUGUUCUGAAUCUUCUUUGACUUGAGAGAAGUGUGGAGGUGUUUUACUGUAGACAAAAUGAACAAUUGUACAGUGACUUUGUUGUAACUUGUUUUGUCUUUUUUUGUUAUUUGAAUAACAAGUUGCGUUAACGUGGCGACGUCCUCACUUAGCUCCCACUUGACUGUUUUGUUGAAAUGCACUGCUGUGAGUCAUCUGCUACUGUAGUAUUAUUUCAUAACUUCUUUUUAGGGCAAAACUGAAACAUUGUGCUUUGAAAAAAAAGAAAAACAGUCAAAUAAUUGACAUAUUUGCAAUCAUGAUGAUAGAAUACUUGAUGACACACAGUAAACAUGAAAAUGUGUGACUUGAAUGGACUGUUGAGUGCUACUGUUUGAGCUAAAUAGUUCCAUAGAUGUAAUUCUCAGAAAAAAAAUUCCAGGCCCAUGUCAAGUUUUCAAUCUCGUGUGCUGUAUUGGAUUGACAUCUGCAAAAUGCUGCAGUCCGAUUAUUCUUAUUUAUUCAAAGACAUUUGCUGUAAGCGAGUAUGCAUGCAACUAUAGACAAUAAAUGCUCACUUUGUGUCUUUAAGGGA